UUUUAAACGAAAGGCGGCAAACUAGGCCACAACAUCUGGGAGGGCUUCUCGCCAGUCAUCAUGCCUUUCUAAGUCUGGGUUAUUUUUUCACUACCUGUUGUAAUACCACUGGGAGCUAAACCUGCUGAAAAUUUCAAAAUGUUAUCUACACGAAGUAGAUUUAAGGUUUUGAAUGAAAUAGCUGAAAAAGAAAAUGCAUCAUUUAACUCAGGAACGGGUGAAAAUGAUAAAUUGAUGCAAGCUGCAGCAAAGCGAGAAAGACGUCGCCAGAAGAUUACAAUAGAGUUGUUCGAGUCUGAAAAGACUUAUCUUUCACAUCUUGAAUUAGUCAAUAAAUAUUUUGAUUUUCCACUGAGAUUCAACUGCCUGAUUCCUGAGAAUGUACAUACAAAGAUAUUUAGCAACACCGAACAGAUUAUGGAGGUGAACAAGACCUUACUAGAAUAUAUGGAGGAGAUGACUGUUGGAGAAGCCUUCCGCUACCUCGGACCAUUCCUAAAAUUAUACUCGUCCUACGCCAACAAUCAUAAUACAGCAUUGUCUACAUUGCAGGAAUGGAUGCAGAAGAGUCCAGACUUCGCACAAUUCAUUCACUCACAAGAAGACAAACCAGAAGUUAAAGGAUUAAAAAUUAAUGCUUUACUAAUAACGCCUGUACAGCGAGUACCAAGGUACAAGUUACUGCUAGAAGAUCUUAUGGAACAUACCUGUCCUGAUCACCACGAUUAUCCACAUCUACAAGAGGCUACAAAGCAGGUCACAGAUAUAGCUGCUCACAUCAACGACCACAUCAAACAACAUGACAAUUUCCAGAAGAUGUUGGCAAUACAGAAAAGCUUUGACAGUUCAGCUCCUAAAAUACUGGCACCAGGCAGGGAAUUCAUCAAAGAAGGGCCACUUAAAAAGAUAUCUAGAAGGGGAGGUAAGCCAUUGGAUAGAAUGUUUUUCCUGUUCUCGGACAUGUUGAUCUAUGGAAAGCCAAAGUUCCUGGACAGUGGAAACAAGUCCUACUCUUGUUGUUGUGUGCUGCCCCUCAAACACUGUGAGGUAGAGCAGGUGCUGGGCACAGUCAAGAAAACUGGGGGAGAUACUGGAGGCAUGAUGUUUAAGGUGAGCUGUAAAGAUGAGAAUUUGCUGUUGUACACUAUGGACCAGGAGGAGGCUAAAUCCUGGAUCACAGCUCUGGAGACUCACAUCAAGAAGCUGAGUAGUAACCGGUCAACUCUGAGGAAACCGAGCAGUACUAUGGCUCCAAUGAGAGGCAAAUCACUCUUCAAACAUCGACAAAAGGAACGUAAAGUGGACAAUCAGCAAAAGGCAAAGAUACAUCACAAAGAAAAUAAGUCAAAAACGAUACGCUUCAGUGGCUCACCAAUAAAAACUGGGUUAUCUCCUCUUAAAAAUCAGAUCCGUGCUCUGUCGUAUAUUGAACUUAACAUCAGUAAUUGCCGCUCACCCAGCAAGAAACGUCGCUUAGAUGCCAGUCAGAUCUCAACUCCAGUAGCUGUUUCUAUGACAAGGAAUGGAAAACCAUACAGACCUCAUUCACUGGAUCUUUCAGAUGUGAAAAUUGAGGAUGCUGAAUCACCAGACUUUGACUUGUUCCCGUCAUCCACUGACCUGGACGAUUGUGAUAGAAUCGAGGACACAGUUGAAGAAGAGGCUGAUAGAUGUGUAGAUGAUACAGCCAAUCAUAUAGAGGAAAACACAUUUAUGCAAAUGACAAUGGAUGACCUUGGUGAAACUGAUGUUGACCUUGACUCAUUCUGUAAAGCUCCUAGUAGAAAAGACAGCACAUCAACUGUACCUCAGGAUGUUUACUAUCCAAGCAGUUAUCAUGCAGACACAAAACCACAACAUUCCAGACAUUCACUACAAAGGUUGGCAUCUGGAAGUCGCAAGAUCAAGAAGAGAUGUGGAGAAGCUCUGAGUAGUGCAUACAAUAGGAUACAGGAGACAAAAUCGAACUGUUCUAUACAGUAGUGGUUACAGCAGGAGAUAAAGUCCGACUGUUUAUACUGUAGUGGUUACAGUAGGAUACAGGAGACAACAAAAGUCAGACUGUUCUAUACAGUAGUGGUUACAGUAGGAGACAAAGUCAGACUGUUCUAUACAGUAGUGGUUACAGUAGGAGACAAAGUCAGACUGUUCUAUACAGUAGUGGUUACAGUAGGAGACAAAGUCAGACUGUUCUAUACAGUAGUGGUUACAAUAGGAGACAAAGUGAGACUGUUCUAUACAGUAGUGGUUACAGUAGGAGACAAAGUCAGACUGUUCUAUACAGUAGUGGUUACAGUAAGAGACAAAGUCAGGCUGUUCUAUACAGUAGUGGUUACAGUAGGAGACAAAGUCAGACUGUUCUAUACUGUAGUGGUUACAGUAGGAUACAGGAGACAAAGUCAGACUGUUCUAUACAGUAGUGGUUACAGUAGG